UUUGGCUAGCGUUGGGCUCAGUGCCGGUACUGGUCGUUUCAGCCGCGCCGCACCCUUAAAAUUCCUCAGUCUUUCCUUCUACACUUGCCAGAGCCUAGCUAGCCACAGUCCAGCGUUGCAACAAUAUGCCACGAACGACUGCGGCUUGAUCUCUGCACGCUAUUCCUCAACUUACGCCCAACAGAUCACGUCUCGGUUGAAAAAUGGCGUCAACGAUUCUAGGUGGCGAGGCAGAAGCGUUGUUCUCUUCGGCCUCCCCACGAGCCAUGGACAUGCUCGAAACUGCGGGUCUUAGCGGGUUCGCAACGCCCGAGUGCUGUAACAUUCCUGAAUGCGCACGGAUACCAUCUAACACCGCGACUACGACCCGGAAGGUGUCGCUCAGUGACGCGGAGCUCCGACGGCGAGUCGAGCGUGUUGAAAUCACUACCGACUUCAACAACGCACUGGCCAAUGUAUCGCUGCACGGCUGGAAGUGGAAGCGCGACUGCAGCACCUUCUCAAUGUUCACCCGUAGCAUCGCCAGUGGAAGUGGUGCGACGGUGGCAAACGCCCAAGUGCUAGCUAUGGGCACAGUCUCCGGUGGCCGGGCACUGGAGAGAUUGGUCUCGCUAUUGCGGACGCCGAAUGAGAGCGGCUUCAACAAGAUAAUGCAGCAGCUGUACAAGAGGGACUUCAUCUACGGGUCUCUAGUUCACUCCGCACCCUCGGACGCGACGGAUGGCAGCUUGCUGUUAGUCAAGACAUGCGCGUUCGUGCGGUCCAAGAGGUUCUCGCACAAGAAGAAUGAACAGAUGUGCUACAUCGAGCAGUUCCGACCGACCAAGGACGGAUUCGCUCUUGUCUUCACUUCUCUUCCCCAGCACGAGGUUCUCGCCGGUAAGGCCAGUGGUAAGCACGUCGACGAAUUGUGUCCAUUCCGUGGGUGGAUGCUAGUUGAGAAGGCCCCUGAGAGCAGAGCCAGUGUACGCGUGCUCUUCCACGCAGGCGUGGAUCCCGAUUUCCUUGCCGAGGACAAGAACACCGGUCUGGGUCUCUGUACGGCCAAAACAACGGCCGCACGAAUGCACCGGCUUGCCAAGGGUGUCUGUCGACUCGGUGAGGUGCUCCAUCACCAGCGGCGAGUAGACUCCACCAAAGCCAACAACAGAAACAACCAGCGUCAGGUGAGCACGGACGUCUCUAACUCACACUGUGUGGCCUGCACCUCCAAGUUCGACCUGCUACGACGACGUCGGCGCUGCGGUCUCUGCGCCUACAAUGCCUGCUCCAAGUGCUGCUACCGUGAGCCCAUGAUAAUCUAUAAUCGCUACGCUGCCACCAUCCAGUUUUGCGCUCGAUGCCGGGAAUGCAUGAUCGGAGGUGAAUACCCACAUUUGCGAUUGGCUCGGCGUCAUAGUUCACCGGGCAUCGAGACCUCACUAGCGACGCCUAGGUAGCAAAAUACUACAUGUAGUGGUAGUGUAUAUAUAGGAGCCACCAGAACGAAUGUAGUCUCUGUUUUUGUGCGUCUCCUUUCUUUUUGCGAACGUUCUAGGGAAAAAAAAGCAAGAGGAAGUGAUGUCAUUCGCCUAUAGUUCAUGCAU